UUAAGCUUUACUUGUAGGCUGCAGGUGGUAGAGGUGGGAAAUGAGUUGUCUGAACUGAGUUUGGUUUGUGUCAUAUUUGGGUAAUAAGUCAGCCGGUUCGAGGUGUGAUUGAAGUAGGUUUAUGUGUGAUCAUCCAGGGGUUAAAACAGAGAUAUGUGAUUGUAAUGCGUCAAAAUAAUUUAUAUAUAGUUUUACAGAAGUGUCUUUUUCAGCAGUCUAACGUCCUUGCAUCAGUGGGUAAUCACAGGUGACAGACCUACGUUACAAGGCACCAUAUGAGGUAAGCAACCCUAACAAAACUGGAGGUUGUUGUUGUUGAGCAGCUAUAUCUGUAUUUUGAAUAUAUAGGAAUAUAUAGGGAAGUUUAGUACAUCUUAAACUUCCGAUAAAUUUUCUUAUUUAAUUUUAAUUAGGUCAACUCUCACCUGUCAGGUUGGCCGUAGUCAGAUUAUCUAAUCUAUAAUGUCAGCGUAUUUAAUUUCCUGUUAGUUUGAUAACCAACCUUCCCAUUGUACGCUUAAUAUAUAGAAUUACGUAUUUAUGGAAACAGCAAUUUCACAAUCACUUGAGAAUUGAGAUUAUGGAACAUAGAGCGAGGCAUUUGGUUGUUGUUGUGCUAGUAAUGUUGACUAGUAAUAUGCCAUUGUCGACAGCUCAAGAUGGAUCUUCGUGUGUCAACAGCCUUUCUCCUUGCAUGAACUACUUGAAUAGCACCCGUGAUCCACCUCAAUCUUGUUGCGAUCCUUUGAAAUAUGUUGUCCAGACUAAUCAACAAUGCUUGUGUAGAAUGAUUAGUACUCAAGGCGCUUUCCAAGCUCAGCUCUUAGGCAUCAAUAUCUCUCAGGUUGAGAUGUUGCCUGAAAGAUGUGGCCUGCGUGUUAACCCUAUUGCCUGCCUUAAAGGUUUAUCAGGGUCAAGAAACAAUGUUCAGAACUCUGCUGGAGUACACUCGUUCCCAUCUCUCAUCUUGCUCAUUUUUGGAUCAAUUUACCUAUUUUUUAUGUCCUAGUAGAUGGUUGCACACCUAUGGUGUUCUAGCACCUUAUGAGUAUAUGAAAUAGUAGUAUUCAUUCAUUUAUUGUGCUUUCAUGCUAUCAAAGUGAACUUAUUAAUCAUCGUACAAUUUAUAGUGUACACAUAGAGGUAUGUCUUGGUAAAAAUAUUAUAAUUUACUACAUAUUAUAUUGGCAAUUUUUAAGCAUAAGUUCAUGUCAAGGA